UGUCCCAGAGAGCACUUCUUUGAUGUAUUAAAAGAAAUAGACAGACGCAAAUCCUUAGAAGAGAAAAUAUACUGGGACUUCAGAGCUUUAGACUUCGAGGGAAAUAACAGAAUUUCCAUUGAAUCAACACUCUUCUUGUUCAAAGCUGUCCACGAAGAGACAUUUUCUCUCAAAACUUGGAAUAACUUUAUAAAGCAAAGGUUGAAUCCYUCUAGUGAUGUGUCCUUUGACGAGGUUAAGAUAUUUCUAUGUAAUCUGCCAGUUGGGGGACCUUGUGAUGAUGGGGAGUUUAUGCAAGAGCGAGAUGAAGUAACAAAACGAAAUGCAGAAGAUAGUUACAGAACAGUCAAGGAGUUGAGAGACCUCCAGAGUGAUGAUGCCAGUUUAGCUGCAGAAGAGAGAGAGAGACAAGACAAAGCUAAUAAACUGAAACAUGAAGCCAAACGUCGWACAAGAAGACUUGAYCAUGAAGGYGUUGAAGCUCUGUUGCAUGAYGAUGAGGAUUGGGAYGAGGAAGCSGCUAGGAAGGCACGACAGAGAGUGACAGCCUCUGAGYUAACUCAUGCUCUUAAAAAGAAAUAUGAACACCUCCGSGAGACUCUAUUGAGAGAGAUGCUCAAAAACCACAUCGGGGAAGGGAUGUGGACGGCUCUGUCACCCCAAGAACAAAGUGAACGCAYUACCCAGCUUGYUGUCAAGGUGAAAAAGCUUCGUAAGGAGGGCAAACUUGAUGCAAGAACUGCCAGCACUCUUCCAGGAUCUGGAGAAAUGUUUUCUCUUAAUAUGAUGGCCCUAAUGGGUACCAGCCGAUUUGGCGCCAAAAGGCUUCAUAAAGAAGAAGAAAARCUAAGAGGACUGAUGAAAGAAAAAGGUGGGCUUCCUUUGGUAACAGAAUGGGGGAGMAAAYCUGACAUCGAAAUAGAAGAGGCUGUAAAGUCACUUCGAGAAGAAGCYYURAARGGAACCAUGACAACAGAYAARAUGCUGACAGARUUAGAGACCCGAUACGCCGAAGAUAAAGAUCACCUUAGCAAAUUAUUACGUGGCACUGAUGGUCACACUAUGUCCACAGAGGAGCGUUUAAUUGAGUACGCGCUUUUGUUGCGUGAGGAGUUGCGUGUUGGACUACCUGUGUCUUUCACAGACGAACGAACCAAUCAGCUUCUCGUCCUGAAGAUGCAACGUCAAGCAUGGAAAGACCGUAGUUCCGCUGACAAGMUGUCGAGCCGUGAUCACCAUCGCGCUAUUUUACAAGAAGCUGUUGGUCUCGUGUUUGAAAACAGAAGAAAUGAGAUGAAAGAGCUYAGUGGGAYGACUGUAGARGACAUUCAAAUAGCGGUCGCCAUUUUAUCGGAGUUACAGGAAAGCCAAGACGYGGAGAGUAGACUGGUAGCUAGUUUACCUAAUAAGGAYCUUCAAGAGCUUCGUCGCUUGCGUACUGAAGAAGAUCAGUCAAUCACUGAGGAAUGGCUSGAUAAUCUCUCUGCCGUUAUUCUCGGUACUGAAGAAGGACGCGGUCAAGAAGACGAGMUCCUCAAGGCYUUAGAAGAYAAGUACGRYGCCCUMAGAGAUAAACUUCUACUGGAAGCUCUGGAGAAACAGCUAGGCGCUGCAGAAUGGGCCAGAUUGUCUGAGCAAGAAAGACAAGCAAGGCUGUUGCAAUUGAAGUUACAAGAGAAGAGGUUGAGACAGCAGGGCAAGUUUGAUGAAGCAGCGGCGUUGCUUGGAGAAGGUUUGAAGAAUGCUGAGCUAUUACAGUCAUUGCUGGGUGAAAACCGCCAGCGCUAUCUCGAUCGGCUCAAGGAAAGGUUAGCACGUCGACAGAAGCGCAUGGAGGAAGGACUGGAUCCCGACGARGAAGACGAAGAAACAAUGCGYAUGCUCGAAGAAGAAGAGUCAAAAUCCAGUGGUAACAUCUUGAAAGACCUGCAAAACCGGUUUGACGAUGAAAAGGAUGCCCURCUGCGCAGRCUCAGGGAGGAACAAGACAGACUUCUUGCUGAGAAGCGCCGUCAAGCUGAGCUUGCUCGCUUGAGGAGGGAAAAGCGACAGGCAGAGCUUGAAGCAAAGUUUGGCUCCGCAGCCCUUGUGCUAGGUUUGGCUGAGAGAAAUCGCCAGAGCUUAGAAGAAAGGCUGAAGCGUGACCGUGAAAGGCAAGAACAACUAGCCAGAGAACGACUUGCAAAUAGGAAGAGAAGGAAAGGCAAAACAGACGAUGAACCAGACGAACCUGAACCAGAAAAAGAUGACAUUUCUGGAUGGCAAGACACUGUAUUGAAGUCUGUAGAAAAGAAACACCGAGCAGAGCAAGAGUUGCUAAUGGGACUGUUACUAGACGAGACAAGUVAAGACUUAAGACAAGAAGCAAGAGAUGCUGGUGAAGACAGCAGACUAAAACAAAUACAAGAACUAAAAGAGAAGAGAGAUGAACUUGACUUCGGAGUGAAAGCGGAUCAAGAAACCCACGAAGAUAUCCUUGACAUGGCUACAGCCUAUCGUGUUGAGAUUCGUCGCAGUAAGAUGUCUAGUAAACGAGAAUCUGAGGUUACAAAUGAAGACGUGCACGCAUCGCUAAUGGCCGAUCUGCAAGAAGAACAGGAUAAGGAAAUCGAGACUAUCAUGUCUGACCUACAAGAUAAGACUCAACCUGAACUUGAAGCACUUCGUCGGUCUCACAUCCAAGCCCGUAAAGACGGUGUUGCUGAGAAUGUUGCUACAGUAUUGUUACGCUACGAGGGACCUGGAACAGACGAUGAGAUCCUGAAAGCACUGGACAACAAAUAUGAUGCUCUGAAAGACAAACUGUUGCUUGAAGCUCUGAAGAAACAACUUGGUGACGCCGAAUGGGCUGCUCUAUCUGAGAGAGAACGUCAACAAAGGUUAAUGAAGCUCAAACUUGAAGAACGUAGACUUCGGAAAGAAGGCAAGAUGGACGAGCUUGCUCGUUUGAUGAGUGAAGGUCUCGCCAUGGACGCUAACUUAAGGAAACUACUUGGAGACAAUAAAGCAAGAUACGAAGAAAAACUUAAGGAGCGGAUGGCACGUCGCCGUGAGCGUCUUGCUCAAGGGCUUCCACCAGAGGAUAGCGACGAAGAAGACGAGGGCGAAAAUGCUACAAAUGUGAUUGAUGUUCUCAAUGCUCUCGAUAAAAGGUACGACGACGAGAAGGACGCCUUAAUGGCCAAACUACGAGGUGACAAUGAACGUUUCCUUAGUGAACGUCAACGCCAAGCCGAGUUAGCUCGCUUGCGUCGAGAGAAACUCAAAGCCAAUCAAGAAGAUAGGUUUGAUUCGGCUGCGCUAGUCCUGGGUCUAGCAGAAAGAAACCAAGCAGCUGCAGCAGAAAGGUUAAACCAAGACAGGCUUCGACAGGAGCAGUUAGCCCGCGAACGUCUUGCUCAGCGGCGUAAGCGUCAAAAUGAGGAAAAGCCAAUAGAAGACAAACUUGUAACAGAUGGUGACGUCACGGCUAUGCAAGAAAAUCUUCUCAAAAUACUUGAAAAUAAGUACAAGCACGAAAGAGAGGNUGGUAAACAGACUCAACCUGAACUUGAAGCACUUCGUCGGUCUCACAUCCAAGCCCGUAAAGACGGUGUUGCUGAGAAUGUUGCUACAGUAUUGUUACGCUACGAGGGACCUGGAACAGACGAUGAGAUCCUGAAAGCACUGGGCAACAAAUAUGAUGCUCUGAAAGACAAACUGUUGCUUGAAGCUCUGAAGAAACAACUUGGUGACGCUGAAUGGGCCGCUCUAUCUGAGAGAGAACGUCAACAAAGGUUAAUGAAGCUCAAACUUGAAGAACGUAGACUUCGGAAAGAAGGCAAGAUGGACGAGCUUGCUCGUUUGAUGGGUGAAGGCCUCGCCAUGGACGCUAACUUAAGGAAACUACUUGGAGACAAUAAAGCAAGAUACGAAGAAAAACUUAAGGAGCGGAUGGCACGUCGGCGUGAGCGUCUUGCUCAAGGGCUUCCCCCAGAGGAUAGCGACGAAGAAGACGAGGGCGAAAAUGCUACAAAUGUGAUUGAUGUUCUCAAUGCUCUCGAUAAAAGGUACGACGACGAGAAGGACGCCUUAAUGGCCAAACUACGAGGUGACAAUGAACGUUUCCUUAGUGAACGUCAACGCCAAGCCGAGUUAGCUCGCUUGCGUCGAGAGAAACUCAAAGCCAAUCAAGAAGAUAGGUUUGAUUCGGCUGCGCUAGUCCUGGGUCUAGCAGAAAGAAACCAAGCAGCUGCAGCAGAAAGGUUAAACCAAGACAGGCUUCGACAGGAGCAGUUAGCCCGCGAACGUCUUGCUCAGCGGCGUAAGCGUCAAAAUGAGGAAAAGCCAAUAGAAGACAAACUUGUAACAGAUGGUGACGUCACGGCUAUGCAAGAAAAUCUUCUCAAAAUACUUGAAAAUAAGUACAAGCACGAAAGAGAGGUUCUUACAGAUCUCCUCCAAGAAGAACAAAAGGAUUUGAUUACAACUACUGAAGGAUGGACGCAAGAACAACGCGAAGAAAGGCUGCGUGAACUCAAGGAGAAGCUUUCGGUCAUCGACGACGCUGACAAAGAGGCACGAAAAGCUAUACUUCUGGAGGCCGCAGCCGUGAAGCUUGUGAAUCGUCAAAAGCACUUACAGAAAUCCCGCGAAGGCGACGGGACUGUCUCGCGGGACGAUGUGAUUAUCUCCCUUUUGGCAGAUCUACAACAAGAGCAGGACAAGGAGAGCGAGACGGUUAUUGGAGCAAUGCAGGAUAAAGAUAAAAACGAACUCAUAGAACUCCAAAAACAUCACAUMGAGGCGCGUCAGGGGGAGGCACUCAAGAAUGUUUCAACCAUUGUCACCCGUCCAGAGGAAGUAAGUGAUGCCRGUGAAGGAGACCUUGUUCAGGCAUUGGAGGACAAAUACGACGCGUUGCGUGACAAGUUGAUAGCCGACGCGCUCAUGAAACAAAUCGGUGAGUCAGAAUGGAAAGCAAUGACUGAAAGAGACAGAAUGGCAAAAUUGGUUCAAAUGAAACUAGAGGCUAAGAGGCUGAAGAAAGAAGGUAAAAUCGACGAACUUCAGAAAAUCUUCGGUGAUUCGCUAGCAAACGAAGCGAACCUAGCAUCACUCAUGGGAGAAAACAAGGCGAGUUACGAAAAGAGACUUCAGGAGAGAUUAGCGAAGAGGCGAGAGAGACUGGASCAAGGUCUGGACCAAGAGGAAGUGGAUCGACUGGAAGCGGAAGAAGACAAGAAGUUUGAAGAAGAAGUACAGAAGGCUUCUACAGGAAAUGCUUUGCUAGACUUAGAGAAACGUUUUGAGGAAGAGAAGGAAGCUCUCCUAGCAGGGUUACAAGGAGCCGAUCAAAAAUUCAACAGCGAAAGAGAAAGGCAAGCCGAACUGGCAAGAUUACGUCGAGAUGAACGGCGAGCUCGACAAGAAGACACAUUUGACAAGGCAGCAAUGGUGUUUGGUCUCGCACAGGCCAUGCAAGCAAACCUUGCUGAUGUGCGAAGACGUGACCAAGAAAGACAAAAAGAGCUCGCUCGACAAAGACUUGAAGCCCGACGCAGUCGUACAAAGUCAGACCUCGAUAAAGAAAAACUCAAAUUGAAAGACGCUGAACAAGAAGAGGAUGAAGUCACCGAUCCUACGAACAUAGCUGCUUUACAGGAUGCAGUUGUCAAGGAGAUGGAGCAAAAACACGCUUGCGAGAGGCAAGUAUUUGAGAUCAUGUURAGCGAAGAGAAGACAAGUGAGACACGUAAAGCAACCCAGGCACUGACACUGGACCAAAUGAAAGAUAGGUUGUUUGAACUCAAGCAACUUCGUAAACAAUGGCGUGAAUGCAGUCCUGACGAAAUGGCAGAAACCGCUGACGAAGAAGAACUUCAUCUUCGUGAAGCAACGGGYCUUCGAAUCGAAAUAAAAAUGGCCGAAACUAAGCAAGAAGGAGGCGAAGUUGGCGAAAAACUCGAAGAUGAGAUUGCGGUUUCUCUGCUUGCUGAACUUCAGCAGCAGCAGGACCAGGAAGAAGAGUUUUUAUUGAAGGAUUUAGCAGCAAAGACACCUGUCACUCUCCAACAAAUCCAACAAGUGCAACAACUUGCCAGGAAACAGAAGUGGUACGACAAUAUCGCUGCUACAGUUCUGGGCGUCAAACGAACACCCAUCGCAUCUUCUACUCAGGCACCAACAGAAAACGAACUGGUAGAGGCUUUAGAAGAGAAAUACGAUGCUCUGAAGGACAAGCUUCUGGCUGAGGCUCUUAUGAAGCAGAUGGGAGAGGCGGAGUGGGCUGCGUUGUCGGAAAGGGAGCGACAAGCACGUUUAGUAAAGCUGAGAAUACAGGAAAAGAGACUAAGAGAAGAAGGCAAACUUGACGAGGCCAGCAGACUCCAGAAACUCAAGAAAAUGAAAGAAGCUGGCGAAGUGGUGAAUGAGGAAGAGCUUGCAACGCUUGAGAUGAUAGAGGAGCGRGGAAUCGAAGGAGUAGACAGCRCAGUUCUUGAAAGUAUCGCUGAUCAGACAUUGGUUGAUGGUGAAGAAGCAACGACGGCAAAUCUUAUUAAUGACUUACAGUCGAGAUAUGAAGAGGAAAAAGAGGCCUUGUUAGCAUCGUUGCGCGGUCAAGACGCUCGAUURCAAAGCGAAAGAAUGCGCCAACUUGAACUCGCCAAACUAAGRCGUGAACAGAAGAAGUUUAAGCUUCAAGACAACUUCGACACGGCCGCCAUUUUGUUUGGCCUCGCGAAGAAACAAGAAGCACAGCGCGAAUCAAAUUACAAGGAGGACAGAACACGUCAAGAACAACUUGCUCGCGAUAGGAUAGCAGCCCUGAAGGCGCGUCGGGCAGCAAAGAACAAGCCUUCAAAUGACGACGAAGAGAAAAACGAAGUCAAAGACGCUGUCGUCAAGGAAAUUCUCAYUGAUCUCGAAGCAGACAAACUGAAGGCUGUCGAAAUUGACCAAGGUGGUAUAACGRCCUUACAAGAAUCAAUUCUGAAUGAACUUGAGCAAAAACACAAUUCGGAACAACAGGUCAUGGCUGAUCUCUUACAAGGCAUUGAAGUAGAUCCAGAUGGUGUAGCCGCUGCCAAAUAUCUAUCUAUGGAUGAAAGGCAGGCUAAGAUCGACCAAAUUGCUAAAGAAAGACAAAGUUGGAGGAUGGAUAGUAUUAGGGAAUCAYUGAAAUCUGUACCAGAAACUCAGCAAGACGAGGAGGAACGACAAACGUACGCUGCGCGUAUCGCAGAAAGCCGCUCACAGCAGAAAAAGCUUCUUCACAAGGCGCUGUUGUUACGAGUGGAAAGUCGUAAGCAGUUGUUAAUCGAGCAGGGCGUACCUGAUGACAAGGUCAGCGAUGAAGCUGCUGUUGGUCUGUUGGCUGACUUACAGGAAAAACAGCAGAGUGAAAAUGCUGCCAUGAAUAAGGUUCUGGGAGAGAAGGAAAAAGAAGUGUUGGAUCAGAUCAAGGAUGAUCAACGUCGUUCUCGUCGUGAAGAGUGGUGCGAUAACGUCGCUGCYACAAUCCUUGGUGCUCGACCUGUUAGGAAGCGAAGUACAACAAUGAAGCCUUCGAGUGACAUGGACGUCCUUGGCGAAGACGAAGAGGAGCAUGCCCAUAUGGAGGAAGAACACGAAAGACAGCUCGCUGACCUGGAGGAACAGAUGGAAAARGAAAAAGAAGCCAAAAAGCGCGCAGGAGCUUCUGAGGCAGAGAUAAACGCUGCAAUGGCAGAGCUACAGCGACAGCAUGAAGCGAGACGAACGGCCAUGCAACAAGACAUUGAGAGGCAGCGACGUCUCGCUCGCGAGAGACUUGAAGCACGACGYCGUAAACGCGACGAGCAGCAAUACGAGGAGGACAUGGCGGCAUCGAUUGUCACUAUGGCUGAGAAGCAGUUCGCCAUGGUUCGUGAAAAGACAAUGCUGAAACGUGACGAGGCUAAGGAUACGCUUAAAGAUAGGCUUGCACAACGUCGACGUGAAAGACAAAAGCGUAAAGACGAGGAAGAAGCAGCCCRAAAGAAGGAGGAAGAAGAGAAAGCUGUAGCUGAAAAGAGGGAAGGCUCACCAGAAUGGCCGCUGCCGCCUGGCUUUUCCAUGAAGCGUGAAAAGACUGUUAUUGAAGUCGAUCUCUCAGAAGAGAAGCAACGAGAGAUUGUAUCCUCGCUYAUUAGAGAGCACACUAGUGUUGGCAAGAAGCUCGARAGAGAACGAACCAGACAAGAAGACAUGAUACAAAGAAGACGUAACAAGAAGAGGGAGARGCGGGAGCAAAARGAGGAAGAGGCUUUGUUUAUUCUCGGCAUGGGUGAACGACAAAAGACGUUUGUCGAACAACAACAGAAGGAUGAGAGGGAGCGWCAAAUCACGAUGAUACGUGACCGCAUCACAAGAGUGCGUUACGAGCGUACGCAGACAAUGAAAGAACCGCGUGACCCUAAUACACCCAAAGGGUUUUCRAGUUUCCAUGACGACAAGGAAUUAGAAGGUCUUUCUCAGGACGAGAAGAUGAAGAAAAUCGCCGCUAAGAUGGAAGAGAAGUUUAAAACAGAACAGAGUACGCGACGGAAAAGCAGCGUCGCAGCGCUCUCUCCUCCCGUCCUUUCCCCUGACGGGAGUUCAGUAGAAACCUCGGAAGAUGAAAGUCGCGAGGUGUCACACAAUCUACUCGACGAGAAAGGGCGCGAAAAGAAGCUCAAAGAGCGCAUGGCAUCGCGUCGGCGAAAGUCAAGACAGCACAAUGAGCCCAUAAUGACUCCACCACUGGAGGGUGCUGAGGGAGGCUCCUGAUUGRUUAAUUAGGAUAGAUUGAUAUGAUUGGUCUAGUGAUUUUGUCUUUAUUCGUGGAAAACUGAAUGAAAAGAAUAAUUCCUAUUUUCUAAUUAAUUCACAAUUAAAUAAACAUACUACGUACACUCACACUGUUUAUAUUAUAUAACGUUUAUAUUUAUAACGUUUUUUGAAUCAACUCAUAAUUCACUGGUUGAAAUUUACCACAAUUUUUGCGUUAUUAUUUCUCUAUCGUGUUUUUUGUGAAAUGAUUUUGUUGUCAUAAUAAUGUUGGACAGCGCAAUCAUUCAUGAAGCUAUGUGUAUAGUAUUAAAGUGUAAGAGAUAUCAAUAGUCUUCUUCACGGUUACCUGCGCCAUCUUGAAAGGUAGCCGUGCCUUUGCAUCAAAGCGAGACAACCGUUGAGCGUGCAAAGAUAGAAACCUGUGAAUAAUUGUCUGUAGGUGUGAAAGAAGGUUUCUAUCAUUGCACGCUCAACGGUUGUCAAGCUUCGAUGCAAAGGCGCGGCUACCUUUCAAGAUGGCGCAGGUAACCGUGAAGGAGACUAUUUWGGUCUUGGUUUCGCAUCUGACUUCUGUCCAGUAUAUAGAAAUCUUUGUCUUGAACACGUAUAAGCGCUCUAAGAGCGUUUAGUUAAACAAAUGUUCACUAACGAUUCUGCGUCAUUUUUUCAUGGGCUUGUGGAGUGUAGAUCUGCUAAUGUUACAAUAGAUUUUUAAGUUCCAUACUGGACUUACUCUACUACUGCUAAAAUGACCAAAUAUAACCGAUUAACAUGGAUCACUUUAUGUGGUCAGAAGUAAUGAACUCUUUUAAAGCUGCUUUUUGAUUGCUCCGUUAGAACAGAACCUCUAUUGUCAGGUUAGUUUUUUAUUGUUUGGUAGAGGAUCUAUUGUUUGUCCAUUGUUUCACAAGCCAAUCACGAGGUUCCUUCCUAUCGCUACGUGAUGACCUAUAUGGUCGAUUAACCAAUUAAAACUUAAAACGUUAAA